AUGUCAGGAGUGAAAUAUGUAUCCUCUGUUGCCGUCACAGUCGGUGUCUUGCCUUCGCUAGGUGACCUGACCAUCGCCUUGAGCUUGGCGACGGCGGCGCCUGAAGCAUACAAUCGCAAGGGCGAUGAUGGCAAUGACAACGAUGCCGACGAGGGAGCCAACAAGGGGCCACGUAAAGCUGGGAGGGCCGCCGCUAUUGCCACCGCCAUCAUUUCGUGUUGA